GAUGCCGCGAAGAGUCCGCAGCAAUCUAAGCUUGACUGUUACAGGAACAAACCCGUUUAAAUCAACGAUAGAAAAAGAAACAAAGUCGGCCGAUGAAACUUUCAAUUCAUUUUAUCAACGAGCGUCUGGAGAGAAAGAAGAACCGAAGGCGGAAGCGAAAGUAAAGCUCAAGUCCAACCCAAUAUUGCCCACUAUCACAAAACCUAGAAGAUUUUAUAAAGAAGAUUCAAAAGAUUGUCAAGAUCUUUUCCAGGUACGGUAUUAUGACUGUCCUUUUCAAGGAGCUAGAAAGUCAAGGAACAGUUCACACCGUUCAGGAGACUCCAAGACUUCGAGACACACUUCCUCAUCUGAUCAGGUAAACCAUCGUGAUGGUGAUGGUUUACCAAGAUUUUACCAGAGCUUUGUUCGGCCUUUGCUACAGGCCACUGUACUUGAAGGCCAGAGAGUGAAUUUGAGGGGAAAAGAUGAAUUGGACGGUCAAGAGACACAGCCGCCCCACUGUCCACCUCACAACAAAGAAAUUUAUACACCUUGUCCUCAAAAUGAUUCAAGGUGCGAAAUCUUUGUUGAAAGUAUACAGUCCAAAAUAAGUUCUUUAAAAUCCAGUGAUGAGGAAAUGCAACCGAUAUUUCACCUGCCAAGAGUGAAUAAAUACGAUACAUCACCUGGAAACAUAAAAACCAACAGCGUCUUUUCGGUGUUUCACCUUAGGGGUUUUAAAUCGACGCCGAUUUAUUCGAGGUCUAGAGACAGUUGGGUUCCACACCGUGAUAAAUACUAUAUGAAUAAUUCAGCUUUCUUUCAAGCACUCUUUCAGCAGCCUCUCGUGUUGCUAAGGCAACCAUCGCCUGUGGCAGGAAUUAAAAUGACUUUAAAGGAGCACGAAGAUUCUGUUAUAGCUGCCAUUCAAGCUGUACAGCAAACAAACACCAAAACUUCAACUGCUGAGACGAAGUUGACUCAGCAAGGAAGAAAGCUUGUUGUUACGUUGCCGCCAUUAUGCUAAGCGUAUGACGCGCCUGUUUGAUUAAAUGAGAAGAUUCAAUAAGUGCUUGCCUUUGGUAAACGUUUAAGAGAAGAGUUUGUCGAGAGAGGAAAUCUAAGCUUUAAGUAAAAAAACGGGAAUGGAUUUAAAUAAUCCUUAGCUGUCAACAGUAAGUAGUGUUCGUAGGAAAGACAUUUCUCUUUUCCAUCGCUUCUAUCUAACGCGAGGCCGGGAAAAUUUGACCAAAGACCAAAAUCGACCUAUCUAACACUUUAUUUUCACCAUGAAGCAUUGAGUUACAAAGCGCUAAUCGUUUGUCUGCAAAAAUAGUUAAUUCCACUAUUUGCCAUUUCCUAGGCUUUCAAUCGCUGUAACGACUGA